AUGCUGCCCCAAGAAAUACUUUCUCUGCUUACGCUGUUCUGUGUUUUCAGGGCUUCUGUUUCUGUUCUGGAUGAAGAUGAUGACUAUGAUCUCAUGUAUGUGAACCUGGAUAAUGAAAUUGAAGGUCCAGUUCUUGGUACGGAGGAAACUGUUUCGUGCGACUGCCAGCGAGAACACACUGAGUGGGACAAGCUCUUCAUCAUGCUUGAGAACUCACAGAUGAAAGAGAACAUGAUGCUGCAGGCGGUGGAUGAGAUCCUGAAGGUGGACCUGCAGACCCUAAAAGCAGAGUUGAGCCAGUUCACCACCAACCUCGCAAGCACCUUCGCUGCCGCGGUCGAGAAAGUCACCUCCCAUGUCGUGGCGCAGGUAGAGCAGGCACUUGCAAGGAACAGCGAUCGAGCUGAAGAAGCCAAGAGGCUUCAUGAGUCUGAGCAAGGAAAGAUUCUCGAGCAGGUUCUGCUGCUGAGCCACAACGUGUCCAGCAGGCUCAGCUGGCUGGAGAGCACUUGGCUGAGGAGGUCUGAGGCGGAGGCUCAGGUGUGGAAAGAGCUACAGCAAGCCAGAGCUGAACUGAAGGCAUCGCAGAAAUGGGCAGCUCAGCACGUACUGCCAGCAGGGUGUGAGACAGCAAUUCUAUUCCCCAUGCGUUCAAAAAAGAUAUUUGGGAGUGUUCACCCAACUGCUGGAAUGACCCUUCGCUCCUUUACUGCUUGUAUCUGGAUCAAGGUGACUGAGGCUUUGGACAAAACUAUUGUCUUCUCCUACGGAACCAAGUUAAAUCCAUAUGAAAUCCAGCUUUAUCUCAGCCGGGAGUCUGCAGUGCUUGUUGUUGGCGGUGUCCAGCACAAGUUAGCUGCCAAAAAUGUAGUUGUUCCUGGGAAGUGGAUCCACCUCUGUGGUGCUUGGAGCUCAGAGAAUGGAUCUGCAUCUCUGUGGGUGAAGGGAGAGCUUGCAGCCACCGCUUCAGACAUUGCCAAGGCUCACACGGUUCCCGAUGGAGGGAUUUUGCAGAUUGGUCAAGAAAAGAACGGCUGCUGCGUUGGAGGUGGAUUUGACGAAGCUUUAGCCUUCUCUGGAAAAUUAACUGGCUUUAACAUGUGGGACAGAGUGCUCAGUGCCCAAGAGAUAGCAGCGCAGAGCGGAGAAGAUGCGUGCAGUAUCAGAGGCAACAUCAUCGGGUGGGGAGUCACAGAAGUUUUGCCGUACGGAGGAGCCCAGUACAUUUCUUAA